AGCAUGCCUGCAAAGUAUGGUAUAAAGAUCUGGGCUGCUUGUGAUGCCACUUCUUCAUAUGCUUGGAACUUACAAGUCUACACAGGGAAACCUGAUGGAGGAGUCCCUGAGAAAAACCAGGGAAUGAGAGUUGUUCUGGACAUGUGUCAGGGACUCAGUGGACACAACAUCACAUGUGACAAUUUUUUCACCUCAUACAAGCUGGGACAGGAGCUCCUAAAGAGGAAGCUGACCAUGGUGGGAACAAUACGAAAAAACAAGUCAGAGCUCUCACCUCAACUGCUGACUUCAAAAAACAGGCCUGUCAUGUCUUCCAAGUUUGCAUACAUGGCGGACACAUCCCUGGUAUCCUAUGUGCCAAAGAAAGGCAAAAAUGUGGUACUCAUGAGUACACUGCACGGGGAUGGAAUAAUCUGUGACCAGGAACAUCACAAAACAGAGAUCAUCAUGGAUUAUAAUGCCACAAAAGGAGGAGUAGACAACAUGGAUAAGCUGGUGACGGCCUACAGCUGCAAACGGGGGACUCUACGCUGGCAACUGGUGAUAAUCUUUGACAUGUUGUACAUCUCAGCAUACAACACCUUUGUCAUUUGGAUUGCGCUGAACCCAGAGUGGAACUGAGGGAAGCUCCAAAAGAGACGCCUCUUUCUCCAGGAUCUGGGAAAGGCAUUGGUGAGACCACAAAUCGAGGAAAGACAACAUGUCCACAGAACCCCAGCCUCUGCAGCCAUCGUGAGGAGGAUUCAGGAGGAGAAUGCUGGGGCCCUAUCCACCCAACCUACAGAACCACAAUCUGCAGAGCCUGAAGUAAGUGUGUGAUGCUGUUGCAGUACACGUCCCUCACUCAUGUCUUGUGAGAGAGAGAGGUGUUUGUAAAAUUCCUGAUCUGUUCAUUAUUCUAGGUUGUGAACACCAGCAACAAGAAGAAGCGGUGCGAAGUGUGUGGACCCAAGAUGGACAGAAAAACACAAUAUACAUGCAUCAAGUGCAAAAAGUAUAUCUGCAACACACACACACACACACACACAGUAAAACUCUGCCCCUCAUGUCUUGUAUAGGCUCGUGGCUAAAGGCCAUGUGUCCAAUGGAGCUGAUGUGUUGUCUUGACUAAUAUGUUUAUAUGUUAUGUGUUCAUGUGUUGUGCUUGGUGUUGUGCACCUGAAUGGGUUAAGUUUCUGAGUUCAAAGAAAUAAAAGUCAGAAUCAGAAUUUUUUCAGAAGCUGUUAGAGAUCGUCGUGUGCUCUUUCUCUGGUUAUCACAAGAGCUGGACAUC